GAGUGUAUGGGAGUUUACUCUUGAGAUUUCCAGAACUGUUCCCAAGAAGGCAGAGGCCGACGGGAAAGGAAAGACUGACGGCCCCAAGGCUUCCAAGUCCAAGGAGACUGAUGACAAAUCGAAGGCAGAAAAGCCUAGCGCGAAGGCCAGCGGGAAAGGGAAGACCGAUGGCCCCAAGCCUUCCAAGUCCAAGGACAAUGCAAAGGAGACUGAUGACAAAUCGAAGGCAGAAAAGCCUAGCGCGAAGGCCAGCGGGAAAGGGAAGACCGAUGGCCCCAAGCCUUCCAAGUCCAAGGACAAUGCAAAGGUGGAGGAGACUGAUGACAAAUCGAAAGAAGAAAAGCCUAGCGCGAAGGAGACUGAUGACAAAUCGAAGGCAGAAAAGCCUAGCGCGAAGGCCAGCGAGAAAGGGACACCUGAUGGCCCCAAGGCUAUCAAGGCCAAGGACAGUGCAAAGGCCAGUGACAAGGCUGAUGCCUCCAAGGCUCCCAAAUCCACAGAUGGCGAAAAGGUCAAGGCCAGUGACAAGGCUGAUGCCUCCAAGGCUCCCAAAUCCACAGAUGGCGAAAAGGCCAAUGAUAAGGCUGAUGCCUCCAAGGCCACCAAACCCAUAGAUGGUGAAAACGUGGGGGACCCUGGCUUUCUCUGCCAUCUUCAGUGGUGCCUUUGUCCUCCUUUGUCUAUGGCUGCUGCUCUUGACAACCUCACAGAGACCGAAGCCUUGUCUGAGCAUUUCCAAGUUGGCUGCUUCGACGUUGCCAUUGUGCUCACAAUCUUCGCAGUCCUUGUGGGCACUUAUACACUCUUCGGCGUGUUGAAGCGGACACUGGGGUGGGUGGUGAGCUGUGUGAAAAACCCACUCUCCACGCAUGUAGCCAGAGAUUUGAACCCAGUGAUGGCUAGGCUCCAGCAACAGGUCGAAGAGCUGCAGGCUAAGUUGGAUGAAGAGUGCAGAAGACGUCGGCGCGCCGAAUCUCAACCGGUUUGGCACCCAGACGGAAAUUCCUUGACACAGCAGCUUGCUGAUCGGGAAAGGCUGCUUGAAGAUAGACUCCAUGUCUUGGAGGAUGCUCUUGCAACAUGCCAGCAAGAUCGAGCUAGGCUUGAGAACGAAAGGAACCAAUACAGGGAAAGAAGCAGACUUCUCAUCAAUGGGCCUUGCUUCGUGACCAAGAAAGGCAGCAAGUGGCACUGCACAUUGGACUGCAGAACACUUCAAGGAUCUCAGCCUGACCUCAAAGAACCCAUGUGCCGCUUCUGUGCGGAAUGGCUCCGAGCUGAGACAGGUGGAAGAUACCGCAAGAGUGUGGGUGCCAAGUGGUUUCAUGCUGCCGACAACUUCAACUUCCUGGCGCGUGUCGCCGGUCGGAUGUUCAUCGAGAGUGACCUGGGUACGCCUUACCUGCACUGCCUGGACUGCUUCGGUGCCUCCCAACGGGUGAAGUCCUGCUGGGAGGAUGCAGGGUACAAGUGUGAAUCCUACGAUUUGUUGCUUGCUGGAGGCAUCAUUAUCUCAGGACCUCCAUGUUCGCUGAUGGUGGCCGCCUCCCAGUCGGUGCACCGAAGGAUCCGCAAAGAUCUGAUCCUUCUCGUGGAGCAACCGGUUCGUGGAUCCUGUGGUGCGGAGCAUGACAGCUGCGAUUCGUUGUCAGAUCAAGGAAAGAUUCCAGCGACGGCAGCUGCGCCGCACCGUCAAGAAGGCAGGAGUAUUGGAGAAGAACUUCGAAUGGAAAGUGGUGCGGUGGAAAGCAUUUGGCAGAGGCGCUAUUGUCCAUCUGGAGUGAUCGACGCGCUUCAACGGACUUCUGACUCAGUGCCAAGAUCGCUGCCUUUGGAAUGGACAGACUUUGGAGAUGCUUACGACUUGCUGCAGAGCUACCUCCGCUUCCACCUCCGCGUUCGCCUCCGCGUUCGCCUCCGUGUUCGCCUCCGUGUUCACUUCCAGCUGCUGACUUUCAAUCAGGCUUUGAAGACGAUGCAGUACCAGGCCCGGCAAGAAGAAGCGGUACAAUGGGAGACAAGGGGCAACAAGACCCUGAUCCGUUAUGAAGAUUUCUACAUCCCUUGCUUAUUAGCUGUUACGUUGGAUCACGCUGGUGUUGAAACUUUGGAGUUGACAUCUCCAGCUGACGCAGGUGGUUUUUGCACUCCUGAAAAGAAACCGAAGAUCUGCAAGACGCCAUGGCUUGAGAUGGACCAACAUUCGAAUCGACAACAUUCGGAGGCACUAGUGUCGCCAACUUUGGGCGAUUGUGCUGAGGGUGAAGGAGACAACCAGAGAGCCUCGAGGACGAAGAAUCCGCGAAGGAAGCGUGCUGAACAGGAAGCAUCGCAGCAAGGGGAGACAGGACAACAUUCGGAGGCACUAGUGUCGCCAACUUUGGGCGAUUGUGCUGAGGGUGAAGGAGACAACCAGAGAGCCUCGAGGACGAAGAAUCCGCGAAGGAAGCGUGCUAAACAGGAAGCAUCGCAGCAAGGGGAGACAGGACAACAUUCGGAGGCACUAGUGUCGCCAACUUUGGGCGAUUGUGCUGAGGGUGAAGGACCUCCUUCGGAGGCACUAGUGGCACCUUUGAGCGAAGGAGAGACAGCAGAAGCUUCCCCAAAGAAAGUGAAGAAACAGAAAAAGGCUUCUAAGCAGGAAGCAGAGAAGAGUAAGAAGCAAGAGACAGGAGCACAGUGCGGAUUUGACCCGAAGGCCGUUGAGAAAGCUAUGGUGGAGCACGCCAAAGAAGUCGGACAGAUGGACGAAGAACUGGACGUGGCGGAUCUGGCGGUCCUUUCCGCUUUCAACCAGUUCGAGAUCUUCGUCGCACAUGACUGGCCCAACGAUUCAGUACUUCCAUUCAACCGUCUACGAAACUACAUCGUGGAGUUGAACCCAGCUUGUGAGGCAGCUUUCGGGCCGGACAACCGAGAUGCUCUGACAUGGAUAGUUAUUCUUUGCAAUGCAUUCUAUGAUCCAUAUGGUGCUACCAAUCAUUUCGUUCCGGCCUUUACAGCAGAAGAAUUGGGAGAUGAGCAGUUCGACCAACUGAGAGAAAUUGGUCUGGCUGAAACAGACGCCAGGCUUGAUGAGCUCAAAGCCGGUUGUGAGAUGGAUGUGGAGACAGAUGAGGACCUGGCUCUGCGCAAUGACUACCAGAUCACUUGGCAGCACGUGAAGGCUUGGAGGGCCUUCCAAGAGCGCUGCUACAAAAGCAAGCUACACCCAGUGGAGGUUCUUGGUGAUGGCAACUGCAUGCUUUGGUCUCUGAAGUGCCUGAAAGAUGAUGACAUCAGCGGCAAGAAUACAAUGACUCCGAAGAAAGAAGACUACAAGAUUCUAAAGACAUGGCGUCAGCAGCUUCAUGAUCAGUGGAUUGCCUUGAGUACAAACGAGGACUGGCAGACUUUGUUCAACCAGAUCUAUGUGCAGUCAGAUGAGCCUCUUCGGUUUGAAACGGCAGAGACAACUCAAAACAAGAAGGAUGAGACAAAGAUAAAAAAGGAACGCUGCAGAUCUCCAUCUUCAAAGAAAAGACGCAAGGCACCAGAGGCUGCAGCUCCUGAAAGUGCCGAGCCACCUCAGCCACCUGCAGAAUCAGAAGGUGAUCCACAGAAGAAGGACCAGGCACCUGCAGAAUCAGAAGCUGAUCCACAGAAGAAGCACAAGAGGGUUGCCGCUUGCCGACCGGCACCUUGCUUCCAGUCUGGCCCGAAGGAACCUCUUAAGAUGCAACAGCCCAAAAGGAAGGUCAAGGUUGCCAAAGAAGAUGCCAAAGAUGAUGCCAAACAAGGUACCAAAAAAGUUGCCAAAGGUAAAGGAGGUCCCAACAAUGAUGCCAAAGGAGAUGCCAAAGGAACAAAAAGAUCCAAGAAGAACGAGGACGCAGAAGAGUCCGCACUGGAGGCGGGGGAGGAUGUGGAGGUUCCUGAGAUUUCAGAGACAGAGACGGUCAUUGCUGAGCCAGUUCGCACUCGAGUUCGCAAGAAGGCCAAGACAUCUCGCGAAGUCCGUUUGAGAUCCCUUCGCGCCUACUUGGGAGAGAAGGGCGUGACAUACCCUGCAUGGUAUGCUGGAUGCAGAAAGGCAGCGUCAUGCUCAGAGGGCAACUACACCUCACUUCAGCAAAAAUUGCUUGCUGAUCCCACCAAGAUUGAUGAGCUGAAGUGUGAGGCUUGCAAGUCUUUGCUUCUCAAAUUCGACUUCAAAAGUGGUGAAGCCAUUGAACGCAUGAGCGCAGCAGAGGCUGGAGACGUGGAUGAAGGCUGUGAGAACAAGGAAGAUGCUGAGAUGAACGCUGCAGACAAGGCCAAUAGUUGUGCUUCUGAGAAUCCAGGUGCGCCUCCUGAUGAAGGAAACCGUGAUGAAGGAGAUUGUGAACAAGAUGGCGGCCUGCAAUACUUGGGCCUGGACACGCUUGCCAAGCAGGUUUGUGUAUACUUUGAGGUCCUUCCGCGCUUUGGCUACAAGCAGAAAGUUCCGGUGCGAUGCACUCUUUGCAAGUCGAGAAAACAGCCGCUGGGAAAGGUGAUUGAUGCUGUGAAGCUCAGAGCAAAGGAUUUCAAGCACUUCUUGUCUCAGCACUGUUCUACAGUCCUCCACGUCAAGAUGACGGCUGCACUUCAGCGGGCGGAGAUGCGCAAUGAAGUUCCUGAUCCUGAUCCAGUACGUUGCGAGGCAUUUGUUCUGCGGGAGGACGAGGAGGGUGACAACAAGCUGAGUGUUCUCCGGAAGAACAUUAUGGAGUGGAUCAGUUGGCAAGGUGAGUGUGAGUUGCGAAGACAUAGCUAUUGCUUCAAGACAGAGUCUGGAGGGAAUAUCUUUACCAUAAGGCACGUAGACUGCCAGCAGCAAGUGGUGGUGAAGGACCGAGACGAUGUGCCUAUAUGUGCGGAGUGCCAAAAGAUUGGAGACCAGAACGGCAUCAGAAGGACUGUCCUGAAGCAUGUGCGAAAGAAGUUUGCUGCUGAACUCUUGCAUGCCAAGCUCUUUGUGUCAGAUGAGAGGGUGGAGCAAAUGAAGUCUGAGAUGAAGAAACAUGUUAUCUACAAACCCCACAACCAGUUCUUCGACACGGUCAUGGAUUUGCGUACCCAUGAGCUCCAGACAUGGGUGCGCAAAAGUUUCCUGUGCAUGACUGAGAAAGCCAAGAGUGCCCAGUUCCGCAACUUCAUGGACACAACGGUCGAGCCCUGCAUGCGGAUCAAUGUCCAUGCCGCCUUGCAGACAAGGCCCCAGAUUGUUCAAGCUCAGACUCUUUUCACAAACUUCUUGGAGAAAGGGGAUCCAGCCAUCGUGGACCGCAUCAACGUUGAGAUUGCCCAAGCCAGCUUGUCAGGGAAGUUGCAGAACCAUCCCCUGCUUCAGGGCCUCAUCUUGAGCUGUCUCAAAAUGCUUGACCGUGAGGAGAGAGGUCUGCAAAUGGUUGGCCGAGAUGAUGAAUCCUCCCUGCAAUUCACAGAAGAGGCGCGAUAUCUCGUGCAAGAGGCUGGCAGUCAGCUUGCAAUCUUGGGGUGCAACAAGCACAUCCUGCAGAAGUUCGGCUUAAGGUGCAGGCCACAGCUUCCAGACUUGACCGACAGUGGCUUGCCGACACCAAUGCUAGCGUUGCAAACUGCAGAGGCGGUGCGAGACAACAUGAUUCUGAUCGACCAGCGACUGUCAGCUGCAACGGAAACUUCUGGCUGCAGAAUGAUGGUUGCAUUCGACAUGACUUACUUGUUGCAAAUCAGUGGCCAGCACUACAACAGAAAGACCGAUACAGCCAACCUGGUGGGGGGCGCCUGGACUCUGCAGAAUCCUCAAAAUGCAGUGGUUUUGGUGGAGGAAGACAUGGUCGAUCUCCAAGAUAUCAAACCGGCUGGCAUUUCUGGCAUGGGACCCAUCAGCCGAGCACCAGCUUUGCCUGAGCGCUGGAGAGAUCCCUGUUUCAUGCGCAGAUGUCGACAGCAAGUUCAUGACAGAGGCAAUCGACAGGUUCAUGGCUUCAGGGGGUCAAGCUUUGACUCCAAGUUCUUCAGGAAAUUGCAGUACAAGAAGAUGCCUCCCAACUGCCUUCCUCGGCUACCGGUGUGCAUGGCAUCUUUGGACCAGGAGGUUCACUACUGCCUUCCUGGACCAUGCCACGCAGUGAAGAACAGCGGGGGACAGGCGCAAAGUUCCAUUCGAACCAUUUACCUUGGCCAGUACUUUGUAGACCUGGCCGGGGCAUGUGUGGCUGGCGGAAUGCCUGCAUCUGCUUUUGCCCGUGAUGACCCUCAAAGUGAUGCAAUCCAAGCUCUUCUUUCAAAUCCUUGGUUUUACGUGUACGAUGCACAAAACCAGGAGGAUGCCUGCAACCAGCCCCUCGAGCUCCGAUCUAUCCCGUGGCAUUCCAAGGGGGCCUUACUUUGGAGCCUCUCCACAGCGAUGUGUUUCGCGCCGGUGUUUCACGUGAGGAUGUCCUUCGAGAAGCGGGUGGAAUGUGCUGUAUCUGGCUUUGUCCUGUUUGACCUUUGGAUGCUCAUGGGUGCCAAGCUUGAAGAUUUCAACCCAUGGGCCUACAAGCAGGGAAGAUACAGCGAGCUCGCGAUUGAGCGCUUUUUUGGAAGGUUGAGGAGCAGACAGGCAAAUGCACAGCUUUCUGCGCAGCAAUUCUGGCAUUGCAGCCAGAGGGAAAUGCAGCACAAUUCUGCCAGACAUGCGCAGUUUCCAAAGACAUCCAAAGAUCCGAAGGAGCCAGCGCUGACGGAGAAACAGUUCGCCGACUGCUGCACAAGGGCCUACGAUGCAGCACUGAACUUGGCUGCCUGGGCUGGCAACUUCACCACAGAGUCUUUGAAGACAUACUAUGAGGAUUCCUGUGCAGGGCGUUGGUUUGACCAGUCUCACUCACAUGCCCCAGAGUUUGACUGUGAGGAGGAGUCUGACGAUGAGGCUGCAAAGGCCCGAGAUAUGUCUGACAAGGAUCGCUGUGCUCAUGUGUUGCGGGGCCUUGGACAGCUUGCAGCAGCAGAGCCUGAUCUUGACGAAGAUCCCAGAGCAGAGGAUGACCCUUUGCAAGACGUGAACCUGUCUCGCAUGGAUGAGGAGGAGAAGAGCGAGCUGGUCAACCUUUUGCAAACUGAGGCAGACGAGGAGGCUUCCAGGUGUGCUCCGUUCGGCUGUGACACCCUGUGGGUGAAGAACCCAAAAGCUCCUCGGAAGAGGGAGUUGAAUUGGUUCCAGAGGAACAAUCAGCUUCUGGCCAUUCACCAAAGAAAGGCUGUUGAAUCUCGAGAUCGGGUCAGGGCAGGACGUCUUGAAAGGUGGAUCCAUCAGGGACAGAAGCUUCGAGACUCCAUGUCUGCCAAGGUCGCUGAGCCUGAAGUCAUUGGGACUGGCAAUGUUGUACUCUUCGUUGACGCAAAUGAGAAGAUUUCCAUCGGGUUGGUGCUUGUGGUGUGGCGCAUUGGCAAGAAGCGAAGAGCUGCAGCCAAUCCGUGCCCAGUGCAGAGCAAACUGCCGGCCCACGAGCAGAUUGAGACUUUCAAGUUUGAGUUGUCCCCGGAGUCAAUCGCAGCUUGGAAGGAGACACAUGAAAAGACGGCAGAGGGGUGGCAGUGCAGCUUCCUGGCACCGGAAGCUACAGGUGAAAAGAGAAAGAAAACAAGGAGAGCACGCAUUUUCCAGAGAGCCAGGCGUGCUGCCAACAAGGUCACCAAGCUCGAGAAGAAGGCCAAUUUUGGCCGCUCCGACAAGGGAAGAAAGCUGGUCAAGCAGGAAAUGGCAACUCUCCUGACUCUUGACCUGGAGAAGUUUCCAUCCAAGCCUGCCUUUGAGGCUGACGGCACUUGCAGACUCAAAAUUCCUGCAGCUGCUGGCAUGACGUGGGGCACGAUCUUGGAGAUUGCCCCCAUAUACUUUGAGACUGUCUUCAUCUCGACAAGGUCACGAGCAGAAUAUGGCCGUGCCGUUUUCCAGCACUUCGAUGUGAUCAAGAAGCAGAUGGGCCGAGAAGAGCGCACCGGAUGGCUACGACUUCUUCGAACUUUGUGUGAGAUGCCAAGGCCAAAGCAGGAUUCCAAAUCUGAUGCCAAAGCUUCCAAAGCUGAUGGCACAGCUGAUUGA